AUGGCCGCCAGCAGUAAGAGAGAAAGCCGUAGAAAAUGCAAAAUCGAUGUCGACUACGUGCAGAUGAACUCUUUAUCAUCUGUUGUAUUGUACAAUAGUAAGCCGAAAAGGCGAGAUUCGAAAUUUUAUGCUGCCGAAAGAGUUAUCACGCGAAGAAAAAAGCCGUAUGUAAGUAUCAAAACUGCUUUUAGUCAAAUUUAUUCCCAAUUCGAGGUUAUGCAUUGCGAAGUUUUCUUUUUUGAGGGCGAUGAAUAUCUUAUAAAAUGGCAAGGAUGGCCAUACCACAGCUGUUCCUGGGAGCCAUCUGAAAAUUUGAGCAUUGCUCUUUUGAGGUACGGACAGUCCUGGGUUUAAUAACCAUAUAACCAAAUACUUUAUUGCAAAUAUAAUUUUAUCAAGUAAAUACCAUAUAAGCGGCAGCGACAUAUAACAUUAUGACAAAACUGCAAGCAAUAAUAAGACCUCUUCAUUGACAGGAGCUAUGAACAACCACUCAAACCCGAUGGGCCAAAAUUUGAACAAGCAUGUCGAGAUUUUAUGAAUGUUGUCCAGACAAGUCUCAAGUCAAAAUCUGUUAGCCCAGUGUAUGUGAACAUGCCAUUAGAUGUCUGGAGGUACAUCACAUUAAACAAGGGCAAAAAAUCUGACCAUAAGGGCCACAUGUUGUAUGAAAAAGAACAUUUUGACCGUUUCAAAGGCUUGCCACAUGAUUGGUAUUAUGUUCUCAACCAGCAUGGUGAAGGCAUAUGCGUUGAUUUCCCUAUCAAGGCAAAGCCGAUUGUUUCUUGGAGUCCCUCUAGGUUCACAAUUGUAAAUGGAGAACUAAAGAAGGCACCAAAAUAUCCUAUAGAAAAAAUUGUAUUAUCGAUUGUAAAACGAUUUUGCAACAUGGAUAGUGUAUAG